AUGCUGCCAUAGUUAAAACUCAUCUCAUUAAUUGUAAGAGUAUUUGCGAGACCAAUCAUUACAAGCAGAAAAGAAGUGUCAAUCGAGAAGGUCCUGAUGAGCAAACAAAGAUUUUUGACUCAAUAAAUAUAAAAUUUAGGAAAUUAUUAUUAUUACACUGAUUAAAAAAUUGAUAGAAUGUAUUUGAAUUAAAAUUUGCACGAUGAAUAUGAUAAAUUAAAUGAUGAAGAUGCUCUAAAAUUGGUUAUUUUAAUUACUAUUAUCUUGUAGGGCACAGAAUUUUUAUUAGAAAUGAUAAUAUAUACCAUUUUGAUACUAGUCUCCUUAUUUGAAAUAUACAAAACUUAUUUUGAAUAAUAAGAAAGAUUAUAAAAUAUGAAUAAUACAAUUAAAAAUUUAUAAUAAUAAAUUAAAGUUAUUAAAGAAUUGAAAUUGAAAGACUUGAAUAAUCUUUCGAGAGUUUAUGAAAUUUACGAAGCAAAUCUUAAGUCAUUUCAAAUUAAAUAAGAAAAAGCAUUGUAGUAAGUCUCCUCAGUCAGAUAACUUUAUCUUGAGAAUUUAAAAAAGGACAAUCAAAAUUGUUGA